AUGUCCUCUUCAUCCAUUGGCUUCACAGCCGUGAUUCAGAAUCAUACCAAAGCGCCCGGGGUACGAAGAUGCCCUAUACUCUCCGCCUCCAAGCCCGCCGAAGCUACCGGUGCAACCGUCAGGAAUCCCCUAUUUGCAACUUUACAGGCCUCAGGAAUAAGCCCGCCUAGACUGGACCGCUUUGAUGCAGCCCCGACGCCGUCCCAGGGAUUAAAUUCCAGCCCCGGCGACCGAGCCGGUCUGGCCGCUGGGCGUGCAGGGCACGUACCAAGCAGAAACAGUCGGCGUCGCCGGAUGAGACGGGUGGCGUAA